AUGGCAGGUCUGCUGGAUCUUCCAGCUGAAUUGAUUCUAGCCAUCGGUGACUACCUACAAAUGGGUACGAGACAGAUACCACUGCCAUUCCAUGAGCUUGGAGAUGCCUACCGCUACGCAAUAGAGCGUGAUCCACCACCUAGCUCCAAAUCCCUUCAUUCUUUCCUACUCGCCACCUGUCGCCUGAAUAGUCUUCUACAACCACUUUUCUAUCGUGAUAUAUUUGUCCGCAGAUAUGGUCAUGUCGGCGCACCAUCGCCACUGCAGCAGCUAAAUCGGAGUCUUGAAAAGGACCCAGGUCUCCAAGAGCACAUCAUCUCAGCGAUCAUUCCAUGUGACGACUCUAUUUAUGAUAUCCAUCAUUUCUUUUGGUUUUCCAACAUACGAGACCUUACUAUUCACAAGUUCAGUGAUUGGGAGCCUUUAGAAUUUCCAAACAACUCACAUAUUGGCACUUCACCUGUGGAAUGUCUAAAGCUGAUUGAUUGUGGGGCGCAUGAGGGAGCUCUAGCCGCUGUAUUAAGCUGGCCGGCAUCUUUGAAGACGCUUCACUACGACGCCGAGCAAGGUGAGUGGGAGGGCCAUAUUGGAGACGAACCAGCCAAAACCUGGACAUGUGCUGCUUUUGUGCGCACGCUGCAACCGCAAAAAACAACGUUGGUAGAACUGACGAUGACACGGCCACCGCUUGUCCAUGAAGGACUGGGCAAUGGACCUCGCAUUGAUCUGAGCGAGUUCAUGGCCCUUAGAAUCCUGCGCAUUUAUCAUGUCUUCCUCUGUGGGUGGGAUGCUCCGCAUGGGGUCUGGAAAGGCUUACCUCACAGUCUGGAGGUGUUGGAGAUCUUUUAUGACGAUACCGAGCUCACUGAAUUCCUGAGUGAGACUGAUAAUUUGGAGCACGACAAUUUCAUGCUCGAUUUGAUCCAGCAUAAGAGGGUGCAUCUUCCAUAUUUACACACAGUGAACAUCUACUCGACUGAAACAGUUCCUAAUUCUGAAACAGAGGAGGAUGUGCUCGAGGGAAGCUGGAGGCUGGCACCAUCUUUGCUCGCGCGCGAAGCGAAAUCUGCUGGUGUAAAGCUGAAAGUAUGGCUGGGAUACGGGGAUAAUCAAGACUUCGAGAAACCGACGUUUUCGAGUCACUAG